AAAUAGAUGUCACCUAUAAUGUCAUGACAUAAUGUUUAGAGUGAUAAAAGGAUAUUUUACAUCAGAUAACGGUGCAUAUAUACUUCAUAUUUGGUGCAAAUCUGUAAAUGGAACGUUUUUCUGACCUUAACCGGAAAAUCAGUUACACAGGACAUGUGUAUAAACUGUUGCUAUCUUUUAUUCAUAUGGGGACUAUAUUAGUUGAAGUGAAACGGAAGUAAGCUGCAUGUUUUGAUGACAAAUAUUGAGACCACAUUGUUAUUGUAGCAAGCAUUGCGUGAAAUUUUUAAUAUGACAGCGACCUGUCGAAGAAUGGAUUGCAAUGAGUUGAAUUAGCAAAAUUUGCUUCAAUAUUACUUGACGAAAUAACAUAACCUUCCAUGUUGUUUAAAGCGUAUUUCUUUGAUCAAAAAACAAACAAAUAAUUACUUUACAGUAUAGUUUGUUUAAAGCUAUACUUCUUGUUUUAAAAUUUUACAAUUAACACGCAGGGAAAUAUAAUAUUCUGAAGAGCUGGAAAAAUUAAAUGGAAAAUUGAUGGAACAAUGGAUUUAAAUCAGAUGGAUAAGGAAUCUACUCGGAAAGAAUACAAAAAUACCUUCGUGCUGUCAGUUGCCUUUACAGCAGUAUUUACUUCUUACUUAGCAAUACAAAAUCUUCAGAGCAGCUUGAACGAGAAGCAUGGUCUUGGAAUUAUCUCCUUGUCAUGCAUGUACUCUAGUUUAAUUAUCUCAGGUAUCAUUGCACCUGCAAUCAUCAAUGUUUUUGGCGAGAAAAGGGUGUUAGUAAUAUCUUUCUUAUGUCACGUGAUUUAUAUAGGAACUAAUUUUUAUCCAAUCUUUGCGACAUUAGUUCCAUCAUCUGUGUUAUUAGGUUUAACAGCAGGACCAAUGUGGACAUCACAAAGUGUUUAUCUCGCUACCAUGGCUUAUUCCUACGCAGGAAGAACAUCUAAGGAUAAGCAUGCUGUACUGAGUAAAUUCAAUGGAAUUUUCUUUCCGAUGUAUGAAACCACGCAAAUAACGGGAAACCUUAUAUCUUCGUUGGUCCUGCAGCAGGGAAGUUACAAUAGCAGUAUAUCAAGCAGUGCAAUAAGCAAUAAUAUGACUAUUACUGAUAAACUGUGUGGCAGUGCAGAUUGUCCUAUGUUAGUUAAAGCCACACAUAUCGACGAACCUGGUAGAGACGUUGUGUUUAUUCUACUAGGAAUAUUUCUAGGUCUUGACAUAUUCGGUGUGCUUUUGACGUUGUUUUUCUUGCCCCCUUUGAAAAGGUUGAAAUAUAAAGGUAGUGUUUGUAGAACUUUGGCACUAUGUGGAAAGGGCUUAACCGAUGUUAACAUUUUACUUUUGCUACCAUUAAUAGUGUUUAUGGCAAUGGAGCAAGCUCUUCUUUGGACUGUUUAUACAAAGUCUUUUAUAAGUUGUCCAUUAGGAAUACAGAAGCUUGGGUUCGUAAUGGCAACCUACGGAACAUCUACAACACUGUUCGCGUUCGUUGUCUCGAGAAUCUCAAAGUUUACAGGAAGAUAUAUUUUAUUUACAAUCGCCGGUGCUUUCAGCCUCGGAAUUCUUAUCACUUUAUUUUUAUGGGAGCCCAGUUCAGAAGACGUCAUGUUUAUCUAUCUGAUACCUGUAAUCUGGGGUGUGUCAGAAGGCAUUUGGCAAAUCCAGUCAAAUGCUCUAAUUGCAUUUUUAUUCCCGGACAAGAAAGAAGUCGUAUUUGCCAACUAUCAUACGUGGAAAGCCAUUGGUUUCACCAUGCCUUUUGUAUAUGGAAACAUACUCUGUGUGUCAACAAAAUUAUUAAUAGCCAUUACUUUACUUAUAGUAGCAAUGAUUUCAUAUCUUGUAGUGGAAAUAAGAGUAAAACCAGCAAAGCCUUGUAAUGAAAUCAUUACAGACGAAGAAAAUAAACUAAAUCCAGACAAUAAUACUGCUAAUUGUUAAACAUUGGUACAAAUGACAGCAAUUUCCUUACAUGCUGUGUGCAAUGCAUUUGAUUCAAUAAAGUAAAAAGCUUUGCAAACUCAA